AGACAUUGCGGUGAAAAUCAGAGCUCUGAGCUCCGGUGUGAACUCUUAUGUGUUUUACUUGGUGUCUGAGAAAAUGAACUGGACCGAAGCUCAGACGUACUGCAGACAGCAUCACACCGAUCUCGUCACCUUAAAUGACCAGUCGUACAUCGAUGAGCUGUUACAAUCUCUACCCAGUGGUUUUAGCAAUUUAAUGUGGAUUGGACUCUAUCGGACGGAUGAGUAUUCUCCCUGGGUCUGGGUCUGGUCCGAUGGGAGCAAAGCCCUGUUCACACCGUGGGAUUCUUUACAACCAAACAAUGUUGGUGGCCACCAGUACUGUGUGUGCAUGUCUGCUAAAGGAUACUGGAGCGAUUAUUGGUGUACAGAUAAAUUACCAUUUAUUUGCUACACUGAGAAAAAGAGACAGAUGCUGAGACUGGAGGUAAAAUCAAGCCAAAAUGUGAAUGAUCCUGCAGUGAAGAGUAACAUUUUGGCAAAGCUAGAGCAGAUACUGAAGGAGAAUGAUCUGACAGAUGCUAAGCUCUCGUGGAGGGAGUUUUCUGGAGAAAAUGUCUUCCACAAGAUGUGGUAUCAGAAGAGUGAUGCUUCUAAUGCGUCCUGCAAGAGAACCAUGAACUGAUCGUCUCAUCAUAGCAUUUGUUGUGUAAUUGUAGAUGCUCUCAGAAAAUGUGGCUCACUGAGACAUCGGUAGAUGUGCGCUUCUGUACUA